AUGGAAAUCCAGACGGCGAACAUUCGAGGUCCGGUGCAAGAGAUUAGCCCGGAAGCAUUGGAGGCGAUGCUACGGCAGACGGGCACGAAGCAAUUAGCGAUGGGGGGAGAUGUGGCUGAGGACGACGUGACGGGUGGAGACUUGAUCAUUGCGGAGGACGGAAAGAUUACGUUCCAGCCUGCGGGGGCUGACCCAUUGAAGUUACGAGGCAUGGAAGUGGAUCUCCCGGCAGAUGCUGAAAAUAUAGGUUUUGCAUUUGGGGGACAACCAGUAGUAUUUCCAGACCCAGAGUCAGGUGCAGAGCCUCAACCAUUAACAAUAGUCGGCUUCAGCAUUCCCGGGGGACCAAGCUUCAAUGUCUUCGAGAAUAUGGGCGUCGAUUUCCGCGCUCUCCAACAAGGACAAGUGAAGGCAGUUAGUGCCUCACCCGCUGACCCACUCCUCGCAAGAGCUGUGGCUCAAAUGAACCAAUUACAAAUCGACCAACCGGUCAACAUGGGAGACAUCCUCCCUGCCGUCGGCAGUCUACCCAAACUACCCGAUAAUCCACUGCAGGGACUUACUCUAGUCAACCCUCAGAUGCAAUCCAUCCCACAUGAACUUAGGGCUACCGCACCCCAUACCGGACGACCAUCCAUCACGACGCAGACCA